AUGAUGCGCCUCGUUUUCGUAUUUCAGCCGGAGAACAUCCUCCUCGACGACGCUGGCGGGUUUGCCCGCCUGUGCGAUUUUGGCUUCGCCAAGCACGCGCCAUCGGUAACCCCGGCAGACCUCGCGGGCGACCCCACGACCUGCUACCAAGCCCCCGAGCGCUGGCAGGCCUGCCGCAGCCCCGCGGCCGCCCGCGCGCGAGAGAAAAUGGCAGCAGAAACGGUGGUGGCCGGCGAAAAAGGCGAAGAUGAUGCCGGCGAAGACCAAGACGAAGGCGGCGGCCGCGGCGGCGGUGGCGGGAGGGACGACUGCGCAAGCGGCGUGCCUCAGAGAGACGAGACCACGGAGACCCUGUUCGCCAGCGACGUCUUCAGCGCGGGCGUUACGUUGUUCGUCCUCGUCUCGUACCACGCCAUUCUCGCCCGCCUGGCGACGGAGGCCCCGUGCAGGGACGUCGCAGAGGCGGACGCAUCGAGCCUUCCGGCUCUGAACGUCUUCCAGCACGCCGUGGGCGGCGACAUGUUCGGCCUGCUGCAGGGGGGCACCCGGAACGGCGGCGUGCAGGGGCGGUUGUGGGCGUACUGGGAGGUGUAUGGGCUAUCGCUACCGCAGGCGCUGCGGGAUCUACUAGACGGAGUCUUGCACCCUGUUCCCGACCGAAGGUUUUCUAUGCAACAGGCAUUCGAUUGGAUGGAUUCACACCCUGAAAUGUUUUAGCCCUGGCCAAAUUGUGGAUAAUAUUUUUGGUCAGGUGUUCGAUCGAAUGGAAUCGCACCCGGGUAAGAAAUUACACCGGCCAUGUUGUGGACAUUCUAGCAGAAGAGCAAACAAGAAAAACAACCUCCGUAGUUGUGAUUCCUGUGACACGUUUACAUCUCGCCGCGUGUUGUGAGGGGGGGGGGAGACGGGAGGGCGUACUCUUAUGUUUUGCAUGCCCUAGCGGUUAGACCAUUGACCACGCGUCCUCGAGAGGACGGAGCAUUGUUCCCACAGGACCGAUCACUGAUGGACAAUCGUUCCUUUCUACUUUGCCAAAGGAGACGGGAGGGGGGGAGAUUAUGGAAAGUGUACACAAAAUGGGUUUGUUGAUAAUUUCAGUCGCACAGCUAGUGUACUCCACACAGAAGAGACAUGGUGCAAAGAGAAGUAGUGUCAUUCUUCUUUCGUCGUAUUACAAAGGUAGUUCAUCUACUGUUCAUCUUAUGAGUAGUGCGCGUGCUCGUCGUCACCGGGGGCAGGCUGCAAGGAAUCGUCGAGGAAAAACAGGCAAUGAGUCGUGUGGGUUUUGAGCUCUUGUGUGUUUUGUAUAACAUGGUGGAUCGGUCUCCUUGGUUGGUGGCGUUUUUUUUGUAGAUCUCAGGUGCGCACGAAAAAAAUGUGUAUGAUGUUGUGUUCGUCGCGUCGUCCUGUGUAAAGCUCUCGGCGAGUAUGAAGACCAGGUAGCGGUGGGUGUAAAUAGUUUAGAAGGUAGAUUGCAUGUUAUGGUUCCCCGCGCAUUGUCAUAAUAAGAAAAAAUCCCCUCCUUUUACCGUUUAUUGUGCGUGGUGGUACCGUAAAUAUAUUUCAAAAGGCUCUUUAUAGACUAUUUCUAUUGCGGAGGCCCUUUACCCCAUGGUCACUUACUCCUUCUCCCUCAUUGGGUGCUAUUGUUUUCGCGUGAUGUCCCGAGUGAGAGCCUUUGAGUGCAGCUCUGAGUUAGAGAAAAACGACAUGCUGGAUGGAUAGUUGUCGGCCCUGUUGGUUGGCUUUACCUGCCGGUAAGUCACACGAGGAGUGGGACGAAUGGAUAUCUUCGUUUUUCCCGAGUCUUGUUGUGUCAAGAUGACAUACAUACAUACAUACAUACAUACAUACAUACACGUAUUUCGCGUGAUGGCGCAAGACGCACCAGAGAAGAAACAACCUAACGAGAUUGCUUGAGUAAGUGGGGCUGAUGCUAGCAUUGCGGAGCAGGGAGUAAUAUCGUGCCGUACGUCAGAGAGGGUGGCUGCCUCGAGUAUGCGCGUGAUUUGCUUGCUUGUUGAUGAAUUGACGGCAGACCGGUCUUGGGUACUAUUAGUACUAUUACUACUACUACUACUUCUGUUCUGAUUGUUGGUAACAUUACUGUUGUAUGGGGGUGAGAAAAAGAGCCAUCCCCAUCCAGAGGAACGGAUUGGAUAUUUAUCCGGUGUGUGAGAAGCUGUUUUUGGGAACUAACAGGAGCUCGAUUGCAACCAAAAAUCGUCGACCGGAUAGUAGGUGGUGAUGAUGAUGUGGGUGCGGUGUGUACGGCGUACGCGAGGCAUUGUUGUGCUUCUCUACAGGAUGUAUGCAAGCAGCACGCUGUAGAGGUAGUAGGUAGUUAACGUCCUUGUGUAAUGUUACCGACGGGUCUAUAGGCUUGGUUUGCUUGUGUAGCAUGUGUGUGUGGAGCAUCAUCGGGUAAAUACUGUAGCACCCUUUUUGCUUAGAUAUUCUUGUUCGUUUUUUGUCGAGAGAGAGAGAUGGUUUUGGCGCAUAAUCAAG